AUGUUUUAUAUUCUUAACAAUGUACUUAAAAAUAUCAAAAAGCUCGAUAAUGUAAAAUCAAAAUUCUUUUUAAAGGAUAGUUUUUUAAAAAAUAAACUAAAACCUAAUAACUUGGAUGAUAAUUUAUCAUCUCAUGUAUUCUUUAAUGAAAUAUUUGUAUCUUUGAGAGAUGACGAAAAAAAAGAUGAGCAUAAGAAAGUGUUACUUUUUAACAAAGUAAGAAAUGAUAAGAAGCAUAGAAAAAGAGCAUUUCAAAAAAGAGGUUAUUGGAAAAAGAUGCAUUACUUUAUAAGGAAGAAUAAUAUGAUGUCUUAUGCUUUUAAAGUUCAAAAUAUAGAUUAUGAAAAAAUUAAAAAACUAAAAAGGGGAGAAGUAUAUUCAAAUUGA